AUGCCGCCUAGACUUGAGGGUAAAUUUUACAGGGUGGUGUUUAGACCGGCUAUGUCGUAUGAAGCUGAGUGUUGGCCCGUCAAGAAAUCUCAUGUCCAAAAGAUGAGCGUGGCCGAAAUGAGGAUGUUGAGACGGAUGUGUGGACAUACCAGGAAAGACAAGAUCAGGAAUGAAGUUAUUAGGGACAAGGUGGGAGUGACAUCGGUGGAAGCCAAGUGGCGAGAAUCGAGGUUGCGAUGGUUUGGACAUGUGAGAAGGAGAGACAUAGAUGCCCCGGUUAGGAGAUGUGAGAGGUUGACCACGGCGGGCUUGAGGAAGGGCAGGGGUAGUCCAAAGAAGUAUUGGGGAGAGGUGAUUAGACAGGACAUGUCGGCGCUUCACCUAACCGAGGACAUGACCAGCGAUAGAAAAGUGUGGAGGCCGAGGAUUAAGGUGGUGGGUUGA